AUGGGUGUCUUCAGAUCGGAGCCGAUGAGACACGGUACUUUGGUGUUACCUCAAGAAGGGGCCAAAGACUUCAUAACUGCCAUCGGCAGCAAAGUGCAAGUUCAGAUUCAAGAUAUGAAUGGAAACAGUCUGUCUCGCGCAUACCGCCGUCAGCUGCAGCGCCUAGAGGAGCUUGAAAGAAUGCUUCGCUAUCUAGUUCAGCAGAUAGAGAGCAUUGCGGAAGUUCGUCUUUGUGACUUAGCAACCGAUUUAGACAGAGCAGCAGAUGCUGCUGCAGCUGCUGUCGUAGCGGCUGCUGCCGCCUCUGCAGACGCUCCAGACGUGGAGGCUACAGGCGGAGUCGCUUCUGUUGCACCAGAUGCUGCUGUGGCAACAAAGCCCCAAGUUUACAUGCUGGAUCGCGUGGAAGACAUGUUGAACAAGGUGUAUGGCCAGUUUCUCCGGUUUGCUCAGAACAACAAGGAUCUGCAACGCGAGAAGAGUGCCGCCGAGGAGGAGUUGGAAAUUGUGUCUUUUGCUGCUUCACAGCUUCGCUCUUCUCUUCAAUCCCCUUGGCACGUCGAUCCAGGGUUAGCAGCAGAUCCUGCUGCUGCAGCACCGGCAGGCAGCAGCUGCUGCAGCAGCAGCAGCACCCCCACUCUUACGCGACAGCAGCAGAUGCAGCAAGUCAACACUACCAGAGCAGUCACAGCAGACUCUCACGCGCGUUCUUCUUCCGCUAGGAGGCGGCGUCCUGCUCAUCAGCCGAGCAGCAGCAGCAGCAGCAGCAGCAGCAGCAGCUGGCAAUCCGAAUUGCAGCAAUCAGAGCAUCAUCAAGGCUUCCCACAGUCCGCCUCGAAGCACCUCCUCGCCCCUGGAUUGUAUUCUUUGGAAAUAGGAGAGCUAAGCAGUCUGGUAUUUUCUGCUGUUGCUGGUAUCAUGCUCGCAAAGGAUCAGGAGCGAUUUGCCCGCGCAAUAUUCCGAACAACGCGAGGAAACGCAUUUACACACUUCAAGAGAAUCGACGAAGAAGAAGUUGCAUCGCAUCCAAACGCAACGGAACCCAAGUCUUUGUUCGUCACUUACUUCCAGGGAGCAGCCACAGGAUCGGCCUUCAUGGAAAAGGUGAAGUGCGUCUGCUCGGCCAUGGGAGCCCGUACAUACACCUGGCCGCGCAGUGGGGAGGAGGCGCAGCAGCGACAGCAGCAGCUGCAGCAGUUGUUGCAGGAUAAGGCAGCGGCAGCGGCAGCUUACGAGGAGUACUUUCUCAAUGAGGUCGGCGUUUUCCUAGAGCCUGUGCCUGCCGUGAACAUGCCGCUGAUUGCUUCAGCUGCAGCUGCAGCAGCAGCCGCGGCAGCAGCAGAAGGCGACUUGCAUGCAGCCGCAACAGCAGCAGCUGCUGCAGCUGCAGGCAUAAGGCGACGCCCUCUGAUCACGGAGCUGCAGAGGUUUGUCUUGCGCGAAAAGGCAGUCUACACGGCACUCAACUUGUUCGCCCUCUCAGAUGCCACCCUACGAGCCGACUGUUGGUUUCAGGAGGCGCAGGAAGGGACCUUAAGACAAACUCUCGCGAAAGUUGCUGCAGAAAAGAAUACGUCUGCAUUCUUGCUGGUGCAUGCCGAGAGCCGCAUCGGGGAUGCUGAAGGGGGAGGGGGAGGGGGAGGAUCCUCAGGAGGCUUUCUUCCGCCGACUGUCUUCAAGACAACUUGCUUCAUGGCUCCCUUCCAAAGCCUUGUUGACACAUAUGGCAUUGCUCGCUACAGGGAGGCUAAUCCUGCCUUUUUUGCGGCUGCCAUUUUUCCUUUUCUUUUUGGAGUUAUGUUUGGUGAUGUUGGUCAUGGACUGCUGCUGCUUGUUGCGGCUGCUGCACUCUUCGUAUUCAAGCGCAAAGAAACGGCUGUUUCGGAUGAAAUGGUUGCUAUGCUGCUGAAUGCCAGGUACAUGAUUCUUUUGAUGGCGUUGCAUUCGAUAUUUGCGGGAUUCAUGUACAACGAGAUCUUCAGCAUGGGGCUGAAUGUCUUUGGAUCUCGGUGGGAGAAAGUAGCGGUGCAUGCAGACGGUUCGACGCCGUCAAUAGUGCCCUCUAUGGAAGGUCCCUACCCCUUUGGAGUGGAUCCUAAGUGGAGGGGUGCCAGCAACGAGCUGCUCUUUCUGAACUCCCUGAAAAUGAAGCUCGCGAUUCUCAUUGGAUUCUCCCACAUGACUGUGGGGUUGUUCCUAGGUUUAUCCAAUGCGGUGUACUUCCGAGACUGGCCGUCUGUGAUCCUUUCCGCGGUGCUGCGUGCGGUGCUGUUGGCGUGUAUUCCUUUGAUGUUUCUGGGAAAGCCGCUGUUCACGCUGUACGUACACCGCAAAAAGCGCCCGCCCUCCGGAUUUGAACAACUGGACAGCAGCGAGCCGAGCUGUAUCCAACUGCAGCAGCUGCAGGAGCAGCAGUAUCGACGUCAGCAGUAUGCUUCUCUGCUGCCGCUAGCAGGAUCAGCGGUGGGCGUCGGCACGGGUUCGCGCGAUCGAGAGGCAGAGGUUCCUGGUCAUGCAUCGACGCACGAUGAUGGCGAGGGUCUCUCGGAGUUAUGGCUGCACACGCUUAUUGAAUCCAUCGAAUUCAUAUUAGGGACUAUUAGCAACACGGCCUCCUAUCUCAGGCUGUGGGCACUCUCCCUUGCGCACCAGCAGCUGUCGAUCGUCUUCUUUGAAAAGACGGUUGGCGCUGCCUUUGAGCCGGGGCAGUCCGUCCCCCAAAUGGCAUUCAAGUUGAUCGUGUUAUUUCCCCUAUUCUUCUGCGUGACAAUCUUCGUCUUGAUCGCCAUGGAGGCCCUCGAGUGCUUCCUGCACGCCCUAAGGCUCCAGUGGGUUGAGUUUCAGAACAAGUUCUACAAAGGCGAUGGCGUUGCAUUCCUUCCCCUCGACCUCAACGCAUUGCCUGAGGAUAGUAAGAGCUAG